CCCCCAGAUGGCGGAGUGAGUGAGGAUGCGCUUCCCCAGCUCCAUCCUGGUGUCGGUGUCUCUGUUCACGGCUGAGACCACGGCUGCGCUGUACCUCAGCUCCACGUACCGCUCCGCCGGAGACCAGAUCUGGCAGGGGCUCACGCUGCUCUUCACGCUCGUGCCGUCCGUGCUCGUGCAGCUCACCCUCACCUUCAUCCACCGGGACCUGAGCCGAGACAGACCGCUCGUCCUGCUGCUGCACAUCCUGCAGCUCGGCCCCGUCGUCAGGUGUCUGGAGGCGUUCUGUAUCUACGACAGCGUGGGCCGUGUGGAGGAGCCGUAUGUCAGCAUCACCAGGAAGAAGCAGAUGCCCCGCAGGGGUCAGGCGGAAGAGGUGGAGCGGCAGGUGGGACAGGCGGAGGGGAAACUGUUUACUCACCGAGCAGCCUUCUCUCGGACCUCCGUGAUCCAGGCCUUCCUGGGCUCGGCCCCCCAGCUCACCCUGCAGCUCUACAUCUGUGUCCUGCAGCAGGGGGUGUCCAUUGGGAGAGGCACACUGAUGGUGAUCUCCCUCCUGUCCAUCGUGUACGGAGCGCUGCGCUGCAACAUCCUCGCCAUCAAGCUCAAAUACGACGACUAUGAGGUGGACAUCCAGCCCGUGGCUUAUCUGUGCAUUUUCCUGUGGCGAAGCUUCGAGAUCGCCACUCGUGUGGUGGUUCUCGUCUUGUUCAGCUCCGUGCUGCAGUUCUGGGUCCUGCCGGUGGUUUUCCUGAACUUCCUCGUCUUUUUCUUCUACCCCUGGAUCCUGUUCUGGCACAGCCACUCCCCGUUCCCAGAGAACAUAGAGAAAACUCUCACCCGGGUGGGCACCACCAUCGUGCUGUGCCUGCUCACCUUCUUGUACGCGGGCAUCAACAUGUUCUGCUGGUCGGCCGUGCAGGUGAAGCUGAACGACCCAGACCUCAUCAAUAAGUCCCAGAACUGGUACCGCAUGGCUGUGUACUACAUGCUGCGUUUUGUGGAGAACGCCUCGCUGCUUCUGCUCUGGUACAUCUAUAAAACGGACUUCUAUGAGUUCAUCUUCGCCCCGCUGCUGCUGCUGCAGCUCCUGGUAGCCUACGCCAUCGCCAUCCUCUUCAUGCUGAUCUUCUACCAGUUCUGCCAUCCGUGUCGGAAGCUCUUCUCCUCCAGCAUGACGCAGGGCCUUUGGGAUUGUUCUUCUCUCCUCUGCCUGAUGUGCACAUCUGCUUCACCUCCAAACAGGCAGAAGGGGAAGACGGCGAUGGAGGAAUCCGCACACAAAAAGCCAAGAAACGACGGUGCCAACGACACAGCCAGCGACAGCACCGAGGGUGUGCCCAAUGACACCACCUACGACAUGCUCAAUGACACAAUCUAUGACAUUCCUGCUGAGGUGGGAAACAACAUAGGAGGUGAAAUCAAUGGCGAUCUAAGCCACAAUGUGGCCUGCAACGCUUGAAGGAAUGGUUCGAUCUUUUGAAACGAAUACGAACAGUUAAUAUCUUACAUGCUUUAGAUAGAUUUUG